AUGUCCGCACCCACUCACCGCCUCGCCCGCUACCCGACAUGGCUCACACACUGGCUUGGCUACCGAGCCACACCCCAUCACAAAGUUCCUGAGCCCUUCGUCUGGAUCUGGUCCUGGUUCGGCGCGUUCGCUGGUCUGGCUGUACUCCAGGGCCUCUUUGGCCACUCCAAGUACUUCAUCGACCGCAAGGUCCCACCAUUGGUUGCCUCUUAUGGCGCGUCGUGUGUCCUCGUCUUUGGUGCCAUCGAGGCUCCGCUCGCUCAGCCCCGCGCAUUCGUCGGCGGGCACUUCAUCUCGGGCCUCAUUGGGCUCUGCAUCACCAAGCUCUUCUCCCUAUCCCCACACUUCGAGUCCCUCCGCUGGCUCGCAGCGUCCAUCAGCACUGCCACCGCUAUCGUAGCCAUGCAGAUCACAGGGACGACUCAUCCGCCAGCAGGCUCGACCGCUCUUUUGCCCGCGAUCGACGACACGGUGUGGGCGAUGAGUUGGUACUACCUUCCGGUCAUCCUGCUGUCGUGCGCGAUCUUCCUGUUCAUCGCAUGCAUUGUGAACAACAUCCAACGGCGGUACCCGAUGUACUGGUUCAAGCCGGCAGUGUCCAUCCCAGCAAAGCCGGAGCCUGCGCUUGGUGCUCCAGAUGACGAUGCGACCAGUGAGGCAAGCACCUGCGCACCGACGAUUGUGGCGGGGAUCCCAACAGAGAAGAGGGGUGCAGAUGCAGUGUAA